AUGAAUCUUGAGUCAUAUCAGAAACGUUUGGAAUAUGUUGAAUGGGAACAGUGGCAUAAUCUAAGUUAUAACAGGAUUGGUAUUCUAUUAGGAACAGCAGGAUUAGGAAUAGGAGUUAUCCUGAGUUGUUAUGUAUUCGAACUUAUAUGUAUAUCAUGUAUGGAUACUCAAGCUAGAACUUUAAUUAUUCAAAAGGGAUUUGAUUUAUCAUCAUCACCACCUCAAUUUUUGGAUUCUUUUGAAAUAACGGAAGAUCCCAAAAGAUUUUUUAACUAUUAUCUUUAUUAUAAUAAUUCAAUUAGCUCAAUUCUCAAGUUACCUGGUGCCCCAAAAGUAUUUAAGGAAUUAGAAGUUUUACUUCGACAAUAA